CAGUUCAAUUAGCUGAGAUUCCUUAGAGAGGAAAGUGCUCAACCAUCCAGCUGUUAGCCAAAUAGUUCAUCCUAUUAUCUUAGAUUCAUAAUCAAAAUGACAUCAUUUUCCACAAACAACAAAGUCUUUUAUUCUGCCUUAAAAAAAUGGCAAGAGAAAGUGUUGUUGGCAGUCCAUAUCAGAUUCACACUUCCACACAAGACUUGACUUAGUCAAAGCAAACAAAUUCUUUUAUUUUGCUGUGUUAAAAAUGCAAGAAAAAGUGAUGCUGGGCAGUCCAUAUCAGCUUCACCCUUCCACAGGAGACUUGACUCGGUUAUAAAGCAAACAAAUUCCAAAGACUUGCCAAUGUUCCUAUGCUAUUUUACUCAAAAGCCCAUAUAAUAGUCAACAAAUGCACCUUAUCCAUUGACUAUAAAGUGACCUAUCAUGAUCAAUGGUUAGAAUAAUACCAUUGUGCAUACAAUGGUUGCACUCAAUAAUUUUCUCCAUUUUAAACAUAUGAUGAGUGGUGGAACAUUUGCCAAGUAGUUGAUCAAGAGAAAUAUCUGCGUAAAAAUACUGAAAUGAGGGUAAUUAAGCAGCUGUUGGUUGCUUUAGUAAUAGCUUCAUUAUUAGAGGGAUGGUGGAGCUGUGAUGGUUGUUUGGAUGAUGAGAGAAAUGCUCUUUUACAACUCAAGGCUUCUUUCAAUAAUCCUCUUGAAAUAUCACUCUCUUCUUGGGGUAUAUAUACUGAUGACUGUUGUAAAUGGGAAAACAAUCACUGCAACUCCACCACAGGACGAGUUUCCCAACUCACUAUUUGGAGCAAUGGUUGGUAUUUAACAGAUUGGUACUUCAAUGCCUCUUUGUUUCUUCCCUUCCAAGAAUUGACGAGUCUUAGCUUACUACACAGUUUUAUUGAUUGUGUUGAGAAUGAAGGUUUUGAAAGAUUAGAAAGUCUCAACAAGUUGGAGUUUCUUGAUUUAGAUAGAAGCUGGUUCAACAACAUGAGCAUAUUAUCAUCUAUUGGCCAUCUUUCAUCUUUAAAAUCAUUAAGUUUAGCCUACAUCGGAUUGGAAAGUGUAACUGAUAUUCAAGGGCUAUCAAAACUUGAAAAAUUGGAGUUUCUUGAUUUGUCACACAACAACUUCAACAGUAGUAUCACACCAUUUUUUAGUGACUUAUCAUCUUUAAGAUCGUUAUAUCUAUGGGACAAUAUACUCACAGGAACGAUUGAUAUUAAAAGAGUAUCGAAACUUGGAAAUUUGGAAUUUCUUGAUAUAAGUUUUGACAACGUCGGCAAUGGUUUCCUAUCAUCCUUUGUUGAUCUUCCAUAUUUAAAAAAAUUAUUUCUGUAUUAACGUGGAUUGAAAGGACUAAUCGAUAUUCAAAUGAAUUAUAUUUCCCUUGGGCAGAAUUAAGUAAUGGAACAAGCUUAAAGUUCUUGAAUUUAGCUGGCAAUGAAAUUGAAUCCCUUAAAUCAUUCCAAGGUGGUGGUAAAGAGUUACAGAAGCUGAGCAAUUUGGAAUAUCUUGAUUUGAGCUAUAAUCGCCUGGAUAACAAUAGUCUAUCAUCUCUUAGGAGACUUUCAUCUCUCAAGUUUUUGAAUAUGGAAUACAAUCUCUUAGAAGGAUUAAUAAAUAUGGAAGGUCAGAUAUGUGACAUUGUCACACACACACAAACACGCACGCGCGUGUGUAUAUAGCCUAGACUCAAUUCGCUGUGGACUCAACACACAAAAUGUAUGAUGGUGCUCACCUAUUAAAUACAUGGGUCCUACAUGAUUAUGUCUUGGGUCUAUAGUGAAUCAGGUCUAAGCAAAAAUUUUUCAUAGGAUGAAUUUUUCUUACCUAGACCCGAUUAAUGGAUAUGCUCUGGUACUCUUACAAACAUUCCACAACAUGUGAGAUCCACUGCUAUAUUAUUAAUUAGAUGAACUGGAACAUGCUUUAUAUGGUCUUAUAAUUUCAGCAUCUUUUAACCAGAAUUGGAUUAUUUGUUUUACUUCUUAUAUCUAGAAUUGGAUGCUUUGGGCAACUUAGAGGUACUAAGCCUAGGAGGAAAUCAAAUUACUAAAGUUGUGGCCUGAAGAGAUAUGAGACUCGUCAGGAAUUUGAGUGCUCUUUUCCUUGAUAACUUUUCCUUGAUAACAUUAAGACCCAUGGAAGAAGCAGCAUUCAGCUGGAAUUACUGGGAGCAUAUCCAUUUCUCAAGACCCUUUCUCUAACAGAUAAUAGCUUCAAAGGAGCAAUAUUUGCUCAAGAGCUGCGUAAUUUGACAAGCGUGGAAGAGUUGUUUCUGGAUCAUUCCUCACUUGAUGAAGAGUCUUUUAAGAGCUUUGGAGUAUUGCCUUUCCUUAAAUUUUUGUCUAUGAAAGCCCUCAAUGCUACCCUACCUACUCAAGGGUUGCUGAAUUUCAAAAAUUUGGUGUAUUUGGAUUUGAGUUUUUCCACUCUCCACAACAACUUCUUGAAAGACAUUGGAAAGAUAUCAUCACUUAAGAUUUUAUUAUUGUCGGGAUGUCAACUAAGUGGAACCAUACCUGCUGCCAAAGGUUUAUGCGAGUUAAAACAUCUUCUAAAGUUAGAUAUGAGCAACAAUGAUCUCCGUGGCACAUUGCCUUCGUGUCUAGCAAAUUUAACAUCCCUUCAACAAUUAGAUAUAUCUUCCAAUCACUUCAUUGGAAAUAUCUCCAUAUCUCCCCUGGGGACUCUCACAUCCUUACAUAAAUUACAACUUUCAAGAAACCUAUUCAAAAUUCCAAUCUCACUACUGCCGUUCUUUAACCAUUCAAAGCUCAAGUUCUUGGAUUGUCAUGAGAACGAGAUAUAUGCAGAUAUAGAUGUUCCUAAUUUGACACCAAAAUUUCAAUUAGAGACCUUAGAUUUGUCAGGUCAAGGAGAUGGUGGAGUGUUUCCCAAGUUCCUCGAUUAUCAGCAUAAGUUAGAGUAUGUUGAUCUGUCAGAUAUUAAAAUGAAGGGAGAGUUUCCACAUUGGUUGAUUGGAAACAACACAAAAUUAUACACACUUCACUUGCCUAGUUGUUCUCUUUCAGGGCCCCUCCACUUGCCAAUGCAUUCCCAUGUGUAUUUGUCACACUUAGAUAUCUCUGACAACAGCUUCAACAGUCCUAUUCCAACAGAAAUUGGAGUACAAUUUCCAAAUUUAUAUUUUCUAAACUUGUCUGGAAAUGGUCUCAUUGGUGACAUUCCUUCAUCAUUUGGGAAAAUGAGCCAAUUGAUAAAAUUAGACUUGUCCAACAAUCGACUAUCAGGCAUAAUACCCCAAGACUUGAUUGUUGGAUGUAUUUCAUUAUUUAAUCUCAUUCUUUCAAACAAUAAUUUGCAAGGCCAAAUAUUCCCAGAACAGGCUAAUUGCAAAGAAUUGGAUCGAUUAUUGUUGGAUGGCAAUCAAUUCACUGGAAGUAUCCCAUAUAGCAUACUUAACUGCACCUUGUUGAAUAUGUUGGAUGUGAGUGAUAAUCAUCUCUUUGGUAGCAUUCCUGGUUGGAUAAGGAAUAUGACUUUUCUUCGAGUCUUGGAUCUAUCAGAGAACAAGUUCUCUGGAACCCUACCAUCUAGCUUUGUCCCUCCACAGAUCAGAGAAGUUUAUUUAUCAAAUAAUAGGCUACAAGGACCACUGACAAAUGCAUUUUACAAUUGUUCUGAAUUAAUGACAUUGGAUCUUAGUCGCAACUAUUUCACUAGAAGGAUUCCAGAUUGGUUUGGCAAGUUUCCAAAAUUGAGCUAUCUUCUUUUGGGUUAUAACAAUCUUGUAGGUGAAAUACCAAUUCAGUUGUGCAACUUAGGCCAAUUAAGCUUGGUUGAUCUUUCUAAUAAUAAUCUUUCUGGCCAUGUCCUCCCUUGCAUAACCGCUGCUAGCAAUAAGGUUAGGCAAGAAGAAGUUGGCACAAAUCCGUAUAUGGCUUCAUCUCCAGCUUAUAUGAAACAGCCUUUGGAGUUUACAACAAAGAGUAUAUCGUAUUACUUCCAAGGAAGCAUUCUCAAGUACAUAUCAGGGCUCGAUCUGUCCUGCAACAAUUUGACAGGUAAAAUUCCUGCUGAAAUAGGAAAUCUUAGCAUGAUCCAGGUGUUAAACCUGUCCCAUAACAGUUUGACAGGAUUGAUUCCGCAAUCAUUUUCAAACUUGAAGCAAAUUGAGAGCUUGGAUCUGUCCUACAACAAAUUGAAUGGCAAAAUCCCUCAACUCACUCAACUACAUUGGCUAGCUGUCUUCAGUGUAGCACACAACAAUUUAUCUGGCAAGACACCUGAGAUGGUUGCACAAUUUGCUACAUUCGACAAUAGUAGCUAUGAGGGAAACCCUUUCCUUUGCGGACCUCCAUUGUCUAAAAGUUGCUUUUCUUCAUCAAUAAUGCCAAGAGUUUCAGAGGAAGAUAAAAAAGAUCAUAAAAGAGAUGGUGGCUUUAUGGACAUGGAUGCUUUCUAUGUGAGUUUUCUGAUUUCUUAUGCCUUAGUGUUGUUGACCAUGGCUGCCAUUUUGUACAUAAAUCCAUAUUGGCGAAGAGCAUGGUUCUAUAUGAUAGAGUUGAGCCUCACCAACCUCUACUAUUUUCUGGUAGACAAUAUUCCUUUUUGGUUUAGAUGCUAUUGAAGUCUGGGUCUGCUAUGUACUUUAAAAGCAUUCAACCAUGAUGAGUGAGCUGAGUUUAUGUCCUAGUUUGAGUAAGCUAGGAUGGUUGCAGAAUAAUGAGCUGGAGCUGAUUGCAGAGUUCAGUUCAAUUAGCAGAGAUUCCAUUGAGAGCUUGUUUCAGUCUAAUGUUGAUUGGUGGUGGAUUUUUUUCUUUUUUUUUUGGGGAUAAAUAUAUUGAUUAGUGUAGUUGUUAAGCUGUUAGAGCAGUUGUUGAGCUGUUAAACAGUUAGAGAGAAGAGCUGAUUGUAAUCUUUAUGCAAGGGAUUGAACCUUCUGUAAUAUGCUAUCUAUGAUUGAAUAAUAACUCUCUUCUUGCUCAA